UGCUUGACAACAUUAACUAUUAGCACGUUUAUGACCCUUGUGUCCUUCAAGCUUUUGCUGCUGUGUUUCUUAUGACACUUGGUUUUGCAAGUACAAAUUCCAGCUAAAUAUAUCCUUCAAUUCAAAAAUCGUCUCAUUCCCCAGUUUGGAAAAGGGGGAGUGGAGGCGAUAUCUUCAAGAUUCACUUCAGCUCUCCCUCAGCGCGGGCGGAGGCUGUGAGCUGUGGACUCAGUGCUGGAAUGAGGAGUAAUUGAGUCCGAGCCGAGCCCUAGGUAGCUUUCUCCCCCCCCCGGUGUCAUUGCUGCAGCCUCCAGUGCCAGGUCCCUAGUUCCUCAGCCGCCUCUCUUCACAGUGCAAAAUCGUCUACAAAGACAGCGGAGCCGCCGCAGAAGUUGCCCGGCACAAGACUCCGGAGGCAUUGGCUCAGUAACUUUUCACGUCAUUUUCUGCUCUGGAGCCCCUUCUCGCGUCUCCGCGCAGCCUUUCGCACCGCAAAUCGCAGUGCUCAUGGGGCAGGCGAAGAGCGGCUUGCGGCACUGAGCGGAACCGGACUCGAGCCCGUGAUGUCCGGUACCAAAUUGGAGGACUCCCCCCCUUGUCGCAACUGGUCAUCUGCUUCGGAGCUGAAUGAAACUCAAGAGCCCUUUUUAAACCCCACCGACUAUGACGACGAGGAAUUCCUGCGGUACCUGUGGAGGGAAUACCUACACCCGAAAGAAUAUGAGUGGGUCCUGAUCGCUGGGUACAUCAUCGUGUUCGUGGUGGCUCUUAUUGGGAAUGUCCUGGUUUGUGUGGCAGUGUGGAAGAACCACCACAUGAGGACGGUAACCAACUACUUCAUAGUCAACCUUUCUCUGGCUGAUGUGCUCGUGACCAUUACCUGCCUUCCAGCCACAUUGGUGGUAGACAUCACUGAGACCUGGUUCUUUGGACAGUCCCUCUGUAAAGUUAUUCCAUAUUUACAGACCGUGUCAGUGUCAGUGUCUGUCCUCACACUGAGCUGCAUUGCCUUGGAUCGAUGGUAUGCAAUCUGUCACCCUUUGAUGUUUAAGAGCACAGCCAAGAGGGCCAGGAAUAGCAUUGUCAUCAUCUGGAUUGUCUCCUGCAUUAUAAUGAUUCCUCAGGCCAUCGUCAUGGAGUGCAGCACCAUGCUCCCUGGCUUAGCCAAUAAAACCACUCUCUUUACGGUGUGUGAUGAGCGCUGGGGCGGUGAAAUUUACCCCAAGAUGUAUCACAUUUGUUUCUUUCUGGUGACAUACAUGGCACCACUCUGUCUUAUGGUGUUGGCCUAUCUGCAAAUAUUUCGUAAACUCUGGUGUCGCCAGAUCCCUGGAACAUCAUCUGUAGUUCAGAGAAAAUGGAAGCCCCUGCAGCCUGCUUCACAGCCUCGAGGGCCAGGACAGCAGACCAAGUCCAGGAUUAGUGCUGUGGCCGCUGAAAUAAAGCAGAUCCGAGCCAGACGGAAAACAGCCCGGAUGCUAAUGGUUGUGCUUUUGGUGUUUGCAAUUUGCUAUCUACCAAUUAGCAUCCUCAACGUGCUCAAGAGAGUAUUUGGGAUGUUUACCCACACAGAAGACAGAGAGACUGUAUAUGCCUGGUUUACAUUUUCACACUGGCUUGUAUAUGCCAAUAGUGCUGCGAACCCAAUUAUUUAUAAUUUUCUCAGUGGAAAGUUUCGAGAGGAAUUUAAAGCUGCAUUUUCUUGCUGUUGCCUUGGAGUUCACCAUCGCCAGGAGGACCGGCUUACCCGGGGCCGAACGAGCACAGAGAGCCGGAAGUCUCUGACCACCCAGAUCAGCAACUUUGACAACAUAUCAAAACUUUCAGAGCAAGUUGUGCUCACCAGCAUAAGCACACUCCCAGCAGCCAAUGGAGCAGGGCCACUUCAAAGCUGGUAG